CUUCAUCACAGGGGAGGUUAAAAGGCCGGAGUAAGAUAGAAGGAAAAAAAACGGAAGUUUUUAUUUUUUUAUUUUUUUGACGGCCGAUUCUCUUUUUUUCGCAUUCUUUGUUUUUUAUCCCUCACUUCGCAUGGAUUCUUCUUCAAAAAGCUCAGUAUUUCCACCACCUUUCGGGUUUCAAGCCAGAAGAAGCCCUGGCUGUCUCCUCCGCUUCCCUUCUUCACAAUCUUUCUCAGGCGCCAAGGCGGAGCUAGCAAGGAAUUCUCCUUCUGGUGAUAAAGCUUAUAGAGUAAACCCUAGGCGAUAUUUAGGGUUGAUGCUUGAGAGCUUGAUCAGCUUAUUUGGGUAGCAUCCAGGCUCCAUGGGGGGCAUAACACAAAUUUUUGAUUUCAAUCAGGCUGGCACAUCUCGAAGGUUUGCACAUAAGAGAUACGGUGACGGUUUUGAAGCUCCUCGAAACAGCUUAGAGUUGCCUAUUGAAGUAUCUCGAAUUAAUCAUGUCAUUCAUGAGAACAUUCCGUAUUCCUGUCAGGUGAAGCAGCACUCCACAAAAAUGAAUUACAGUCGUAAGGGAACCCCUAUGAAGAAGUUGAUCGAUGAGGAGAUGUCUAACCGAAGAAAUCAUAGACAGAAUGCCCCGAGUGUUGUUGCCCGUUUGAUGGGCAUGGACACAAUAUCAACAGAUGUGAAUCCCAAAAUCCAUGCCAAGGAAUGGAAAAUAGAAAAUUUUAGAAAUGAUGUAGCAAGAAAGAAGGCCAUGGAAAGUAGUUCAAUUUACCAUACUUAUCCUAGUUCAGUUCCCUGCAAACAAACUGAUCAAAUAUUGCUUCCAUUUGGCAAUAAGCAAGAUUGUAACCAAAUCACCAAAUGCCUAAGACUGCCAAAACCGCAUCUACGCGAACACCCCCAAGAAGAGCUACUGCAGAAAUUUAAGAAAGAAUUUGAGGCAUGGCAAGCAUCCAAGAUGUGGGAACAUACAGGGGCCCUUCAACUGAAGCAUAACCUUUCAGAAGGGAUGGAUGAGCGCUUACUUGCACAGGAAAAUCUAAACAAAGGAAGAAUGGCGAGAUAUCUGGAAGCUAAGAGAAAUUCAUCCCAAAAAAAGCCUGUGGAAUCCAAUGAGUUUGUUUUAACAGAUAAAUUAAAGAUGGCUGCACCACAAGGAAUUGCCCUACCAAACUGCAGAUUUACGAGGCAGCACCAUCAGAUUAACAUAAAGGAUGACAUGGUUAUUAGAAAUGGAGCAAAAACUAAUGCUUUUGAAUACUCAGCGGUAGCUAGGAUUGAAGGAAAACAGGAGAGAUCUUGUUCACCCACAAGGAUAGUGAUUUUGAAGCCUAGUUCUGAAAUAAAUGAGGGUUUUGAUGAGUCAUGGGUUGGCUCGUCUGCAAUGUUUCAAAAGGAUUGCAGUAUGGAAGAUUUUCUUGAAGAGGUAAAAGAAAGGCUCAGAUAUGAAAUGCAAGGGAAGGCUAGAACUAGUACUACCAUCAGAGGGAGUGGUACUAAAGUGCUCUCUAAUGAAAGGUCAACUGAUCCAAAACAAAUUGCUCGUGAUAUAGCGAAACAAAUUAGAGAAAGUGUAACUAGAGACAAUGGGACGACACUAAAGCGAUCAGAAUCUACAAGAUCAUAUAAAAGUGAAGUUCAGAACAAUGGACCAGAUUCGUCGGAGCUCAUCAAAAGAGACACAAGGAAAAUCCUAUCAGAGAGAUUGAAGAAUAUCCUGAAAAAUGAAAUUGAUUUAGAGAAACCUGUGGCUAAUAAUGGAAGGUCUGGAGCUUCCCUCUUGGUUAAAGACAAGGCAAGACUAAAAUCAAUGCCUGAAUUUUCAAAGAUGGACAGGUAUAUGGAUUAUUAUGAGGACAAGCAAACUAUGCAUGAACCAAUAUAUAGACGCGAACAAGAAAUCAGCAUGGCAUUUGAUGCUGAAGCAGCGUCAUCACGAAACCUUAUUAGAUCUUUAUCUGCUCCAGCAUCUGGGACUGCUUUUGGGAAGCUUCUCCUGGAGGACCAGCAUAUACUGACUGGUGCACAGAUCCGUAGGAAGCAUGAAGUGUCUGAACAUACUUCAGCUGAAGUGAGGAGAAACAGGAAAGAUGGUUUCAAUCUCAAAGGCAGAGUUUCAAAUUUGAAACAGAACAUCAUUCUUAAAGGUAGGUUAUUUGGGAAGACGACCCAGUUGUUGAAGGAAUCAAAUGCAAGUGAAUUUGAUAUUGUGAAUGCAGUUACAACUGCACCCUCAGCUACUUCAUGUUCUGGCAUUACACAGGAUAACUCUACUGAGGUGCCACCAAGUCCCGCAUCCACAUCCAGCAGUUUGCAUGAUGAAUUUUGUCAGCCAGAUAGCCCAAGUCCAGUAUCCCCACUGGAGGUGCCUCUUAUUGAAUAUCACCCUUCUCCACGCAGCUCAGGAGACAUAAGCUGUAAUCUUCCAGAGCCGAGUCUUUCAGAGAAUUAUGAAUCUGAAGCAGUGGCAACAAACGAACAACCUUAUGAUGAUGAAACACUAGAGACAGAAAGUAAGGAUAAGGCUUAUUUAAAAGAUAUCCUUGUUGCUGUUGGUUUGUAUAAUGGAAAGCCCUCUGAUCAAGCAUUUUCAAAGUGGGAUUCUGUGAUAAACCCAAUCUCUGAUAAGGUGUUUGAGCAAGUGGAAGAAGCUUACAGUAAGUACGGGAAGGUGGAUACUGGGGUUUCUCUCCUACAUCAUGGUGAUAACAAUAUAGGAAAUAAAAUGUUAUUUGAUUUAGUGAAUGAGGCAUUGCCAAGUGUUUUAGGGAUUCCAAUGAACAGCUCUAGGUUCAAGAGAUGGGUCCUAGAUCCUGCUGAGGUGCCACAGGGGAAAAAAUUGUUGGAUGACCUGUGGCAUCAGAUCCAGAGACAUACAAAUCCUUCAAUGCAUGAACCACACACUAUAGAUAGCAUGGUGGCACGGGAUGUAAGGAUGACUACUUGGUCUACUAUGUUGUGCGAGGACAUCGAUGUUGUAGGGAGGGAGAUUGAGUUGGUGAUUUUAAGGGAAUUGAUUGAUGAUGUUGUGCGGGAUAUGUGCUUCUAGUGGCUUGUGAAACAAGGUAGUUCUCUGCAUGAAAUCAUGUUCAUCUAUGCAUGUGAUGGUUGGGGGAUGCGAAGUUGAAGCAAUGUGGCAUAUGAGACAUGAUUAAUGUAUGAAAUGCUUGUGAGAACUUGUGUGUCCCUGAAUGUAAAUGACGAGUGAGUAUGUCAGUGCUUCACAAAAGCGUACAUGAUGUGGAGAAUACUUGUAACCAUAUUUUCUAUUUAUUUAAACAUAAUCAGCACCUAAUAAUGAUAUGAAAUAACUGAUUUGUUUGGUUGAGGCAA